UGUUUGUAUACGCAUUAUUGUAAACAAUUAAUAAAAAAGUAAAACAAGCUCAAGUUCAAGUUGGUGGACUUGUUGUGCAAAGCAAAAAGGUUUACUCCGUUCGUUCCUGAAUUUGAUUCUGAUACCAAUAAAAAUAAAUUUUCGAACGUACCGACAAGUAGCAUCAAAAAUUGAUUUUUUUCAGGGAAUUGAUAUUUGUGACAUAAAAAAAUAAUUACAGAGGACAAAAAAGUGCGGAAUCAAAACAAUUUGACGAUUUAAAUAAAUGUGCUCUGUGUUAAUCUUAUAAAUAAGGAGUUUAUUUUAUAAUACGCAUUUAACAUUAGAGCUCAUGUUAUCAAAAAUGUGUUAACCAAAUAAGUGUUCUAUUUUUUUUAUCCAAAAAUAGCUGAUAACUGAGACGUAGAACUACUGGACGCUGUGGCAAGUGAAUCAUGACGGACAGUUCGGACGCUGACCAGCAGGAGAGUGACAUGCAGAACAUGUUCGCCAGCGUCUGGGUGAAGGUGGAAGUCAUGGAGGAGGAUGAGGAUGUCGAUGAGGAGCUGCCUCCACCAGAUAAUGUGAAGAAAAAGUUCGAUAAGAAGAAACAAAGGCGCAUACCAACAGAGCAACUUAAAUGCGAGUCCUGUAGCUAUACCACGAAUUACAAGAACAGUUUGAAGAUCCACAUGAUGGGUCACGACGUCCAGAAGCCAUUCAACUGCAGUUACUGCGACUACACGACCAAGUACCCCACCUCGUUACAUCGACACGAAUUAAUACAACAUCAGUUCAAAAAGUCAGAAAACACAGGCGCCCCCAUCCACAAAUGUGAUUACUGCACCUACACAACCUAUUUCAAGUGGAAUCUAAACGCUCACCGCAGAAAACACAAGCUAGAAAAACAAUUCAAAUGUGAAAAAUGUACUUAUUCAACAGCCUACAGACAUAACUAUAUAAAACAUAGCAAAGUUCACACGAAGGAAGAAGUGAUUUAUAAAUGUGAUAAGUGCCCGUUUGUGACGAAAUACGAAGGUCAUAUUUCUAGGCAUUUGGCUAAAAUACAUAACGAAGUGUCUGAGAAAGCGAAUAGAUGUGAUUUGUGUGACUUUUCUACUAAAGUCAAAUGGAGAUUGAACACUCAUAAACAUAGAAGUAGGCAGGAGCAGGCAAUGAAGUGUGCGUACUGCGAGUUUGAAACUUUUUACAGGUGUGAAGCGAAAAAACAUAAAGGGAGUCACUAUGGUGAGAUAUAUGGCACGAAAACUGUUGAGCGUGACUCCCAAGAGCGAAUUGCAUCGGUAUCACCUGAAAUGGAAACCUCAAAUCAGUCGUCGCACGAGAAAAAUAAUCAUUACACAUUAGAUCCUAAUUGUGAAGUGGAAUGGAGUAAUAUACAAGUGAUAGAAUCCAGUAACAAGGACAGCCCGUUUCAAUGCAUCAUGUGCAAAUACACGUCGAAGUUCAAAGCGUCUGUUCAGAGGCACUUUCAGAGACACCACACUGGCCCUCAGAACCGUCCUUACAAAUGUGUAAACUGCGAUUUUUCAACUAAAACCAAAGAUCAGAUAUCUUUACAUAACAAGAGAAGUCAAUCUGAAAUGCAGUUGAUGUGUCCAGAGUGUUCUUUUUCUACUUUCUUCAAAUGUCAAUACACAAUGCAUCAGAAAUGUCACUAUACAGAGAAGUGUACGGCUUGUGAUUACACCUGUAAACAUAAAUAUGAGGUUGUGAAACAUUUUACAGCUGUUCAUUUAGGUAACGGUCUCAAAUGUAGGUUCUGUGACUACGUGGCAACGAGGAAAGGUAGUUUACUAUGCCAUGAGACCAUGCAUACCGGUAAUAAACCAUUUAAAUGCGACAAAUGUGACUACAAGUCGGUUAGAAAGUCGUUACUUGAAAAUCAUAUAAAGAGAUAUCAUUUUGAUCUGCAGAAAGAUACGGUAGUGGUAAGUGAUAAUAAAAUUCAGUCGCUGAAGAUAUGUGUUGCUGAGAAAUUGAGAAGUGAAAACGUUAUUCAGGAAAUCAGAGAUAAUAAUCUGACGAUUGAAGAUGUAAUGGGUGUGGAUGGUAGUGUGAGAGAUGUUACUGAUAAUCAGUAAUCUUGUAAAAUUCGUCCCAUUUCGUUAAAGAAAAAAAAUCAGAGGUUGUCUUCGCAGAAUGAGAUUUUAUGUUUGAGAGCUUCUUUAUCGUCAUCAUCAUCCUAGUCUUUUCCCAACUAUGUUGUGGUCGGCUUCCAGUCUAACUGAAUUCAGCUAAGUACCAGUGUUUUACAAGGAGCGACUGCCUAUCUGACCUCCUCAACCCAGUUACGUGGACAACACGAUGCCCCUUAGUUAGCCUUUGCCUUUUAACUUGACUUUUGUCAAUUGGAAAGAAGAUGUUGAUUUAAUCCUUCUGACUAAUAGAUUCUUUACUUUUACCAGUAUACGUCCUAAAUUUGUCUUACUUACCUUUGGGUAUUGUAAUUACUGCCAUUUAAAAGGGGUAAUUUACCCCAAAUAACCAUAAAAUGUGAUUUGUGCUAAAUGAAAAUAAUUGUAUAGGAGGAACUACCACUAAAUCUGAAUUUACAUUCAAAUCAUAUUUUAUUUUAAACCCGCAUUAAUAUUACUUUUAGAUUAAGUGGUAGUUCUCCAGAAUAUAGCUAUAAUUAAUGUUAAAAUCGUUAUAUAACAGUGGCAGGAACCACUAUACCUCAUAUUUUAAUAGUUACGAUAAGCAAUAUGAAAUUAUUUACCCCAAUAUACUUUUAAAUAAUUACCCCUAUUUAUUUGUAUUUUAGAAA